CGCAACUCGUGCGCCCUACGACCCUACUCGCACUCAUGUGAAUACUGGCCCCGUCUAUGAAUCAUGAUACCACCCUCUGCGCCUCCUGCAAGUUACACAGAUCAUCAGGUGCAUUGUCGGAAGGGUUUCAAGUGCACAAGGAUGAUAAAUGCUAGCUGCAGCAGCAGAGCUCGUACCAGCGCUGCGCAGCGAGUAUGCUGCGCAGCAUUCCAGAAGAGUGGAGGAUGCCGACGAGGAAAUCUUCCUGCUUUACUCUCUCAGUAGGCCCGAUCCUGGCCGCCGUGGUCUCGGACACGUGGAGAUAUGGUCCGACCUCCUUCGUGUCACCGUCAAAUUACGAGAUAUUGAGCCUUACCAUCAGCAGGAUGACUCAGCGAUCGCUCCUGGAGUCUCUGUGGAGCCCGUGGACGCCGCAGAAGCAGAUCCAGUUGCGAGACGAUCGAAGGUAUCUACGCAAAAGACAGGGAAAGGGAAAAAGGACGUCAAAGCAAAGCAGGGCGGGCCUAGCCAUGUCGAAGCGUACAUCUGGCAAAGCCAGACAAGUCUCCGCUCGCAACGCGGCAAUACAGGCAGCGUAAUGUGGAGGUCGAGCAUUCUUCUUGGUGCUACGAUGGUCAGGCAACACGUCAACAAGGCCCCUCUUGUCAACGCCAGCGGCGACCCUGUACCGUCUCUUUUGGAUUGGACUUGCAACGGUGCAUCUCGCGAUCUUUGCGUAUUGGAGCUCGGAGCGGGUACGGGCGUUCUCUCUGCCAUCUUGCACUCUUCUACCAUCUUCAAAGCAGGCCAAGGCACUGUGACGUGGGUCGCAACGGAUCAAGAAGCGCUCCUACUGUUGCUUCGAAAGAAUAUCAACUUCGUUUGUGAUGCAUCACUUCAGACGUCUCCUCAAGCGAUGGCCUUAGACUGGACGCAAGUGAGAGAUGCAGUGCAAUUGACGAAGAGGCAACCGUCGGCUCUUCGAACCGUCCUGCGAGACAUUCAUGCACCCUUCGGGAAGCACAGCCUGCAGGAUGAUUUGCCAUUCCGACCUGCGGACAUCGUGGUCGCAGUUGACUGCAUCUUCAACCCAAGCUUGUUUCCUGCUUUCUUGGACACUUUGACCGCGCUAUGCCACCCGGAAUUCACGGUGGUUUUUGUUCUGGUCGAGCUCAGAGAGCAAGCGAUGAUGCACGACUUUCUUUCGGCAUGGGUUGAGCAUCGACAUCCCACGCAAGAAUCUGCCCAAUGGGCAAUUUGGAGCAUUGAGGGAAGUGCACUGGGGCUCGAGGGCUUGCAAAAAGGGUACGCAUGCUUCGUAGCAUAUCUUACACUGACCUGACUCGCAAUUGUAUGUCUCUUGAAGAUGCAUAAAUGUGCCUAUGACAGCAUACGCGUAUAUGGCGGG